UUAACUUGACCAAUAAAAUAGAUGUGAGAAGUCUUUCUUGCUAAAUGUCAUAUGUCUGACUGAUAUUUUUGAUAAGGAGGGGGCCUAGGAUCUAGUUUGAUUAUCAUCUGUAGAAGGAUGACAUUGUAGUGGACUUGGCAGAAGUACAACACAAAAAGAAAAUAGUGCGGUUUUAGUCAUGUUUUGUGAUCAUGACCCUCCCACCAAUGGCAAGUAUGGAGAGAUCUAUGCUGAAAUGUGGUAAUGACAGAAUAAGCCACAUCACGAGUGGUUAAUCAGGCAAAGAUGAAUCCACUUUUUAUGUCAAUGGAGUGAAAAUACUGGGAAUCAACGUCGUAUGGUCAACACACACCUCUGAUGUGACUAGGCCCAAACACUCUUUUCCUGUUGGUGGCGUGUGUAUAUUUUUGGAAACAAUAUAAAACUUACGACGAAAAAGUGACAGGAUCAACUGAAUGAAUGAUAAUUGUUUUUAUGAAAAGCAUGGAUCAGGAUUCAUUUCACAAUUGAAAGCACAUCACAGUAACUUGUAUCAAGCAAGUUUUAAUAAGGGACCGUGAGUGAAUUUUUUGGCAUUUUGCGCGCCUAGUUUUCUGUCUAUAAAUGAGUCGAAACUGUGUGCUGGAGUAUCAGACAAUCCAAUCUAGAAACUGUGAAUGUGAAGGGUACAUAUUUCAGCUACCAAGGCGGUUCUGAAUAUUUUUAUUUUUGGAUUUCGAAUAGAAAAUAGACGCUUAUUUCACUUGGCGGUCCGGUUGUUAUUGAUAACGUGUCGUGUCCUGUAAGGCAUCGAGAGGGACAACAUAAUCUUGAACACUUGAAAACUGAUUGCCACUCGUAGCCACAAUUUAGAAUUAAAAUUUUUCGCAAAAUGGAAUCAGGGUAUAAUGAAAGGGAUUUCGAAGACGAAAACGAAAGGAAUUAUGUCUCAAGCGACUCAGAAACUGAUGGCGAUGAGCUUGGCGACGACGAGUACGAAGACAUUCGAAAGAGCAUCAGACCUAUUUUGAAUCUUGGCCAGACCUUGUCUGCAUUAUGGCCGAUUUCUCUAAUAGAUCAUGCAGGGGAUAUAAUCACAACAGAAGAAAAUUUGACUGAUAGCGGAUUUCCUGAGGGGGAGACACUCUCAAAGAGUUUGGAUUGGCCCAGAGGUUCCAUGCCAGACAAUUUUUUCGAGCCGAAACAUAGAAGAGCACCAUCUUUACCUUGUCAGGGCAAAUUAGAGCAGAUAAAAUUAGAACUUGACGAAAUUUAUGUUACCCCAGACGAGGAAUAUGGAUUCAAUCCAAUGAGGUUAAAAUGUCGGUCGCGAAAGAUAGGACGAAGGUCCGUGUCUCUCUAUGCACCAGAUCAAAACCCCGACCUGCUGGUAAAUUUUGAUAGCUCUGAUGUCAGCUACGUUCUUUCCUGCAAUAAUUUGAAAGAUGAAGUUUCACAUGCGAGAAACGAAGAAGAAGCAAAAAUUGAAGAGGAUAUUGCAUGCUUGCGAGCUCAACCAAGUAAUGUUGAGUUUAACAGAAAAAAUGAUGCAAAGAAACAUUUCCAAGAACUGAUAAGAGGAAUAACCACAAGGAGGUCAAUUGGUGCUGCUAGGUCUUUAAGAAGAAAGCUCUCAUUUGAUUCACAUCCAAGGAGAAGAACUUUAAGUGAUGCAGAUAGACAGAAGAGUGAUCCAGGUGAACCAAGUGAAGGAUGUGCAUAUCAGUUUCCGUUUGAUAGCAGUCAGGAGUCACUGGCUGACCCCCAGUUGGACUUUGCCAAACCUGGCACAAGUCCAGAAUACACCUUGGAAGAUGAUGAUAUCAGGCUUGCAGCACCACCUAUCCUAAGCAACAAAAGAAUGGUGGAAGUUUUAGUCAGUGCAAAUCCUGCUGACAAAGGUAAGAAAAGGAGAACAACUAUUCCACAAUUUCUGAAUGCAUUAAAACUGCCAAACAAGAAGGCAAUUAAAAGGUUCAUGAGGAAAAAGAGUGAAAGGCCUCUUGGUACAAUGCAACAUAAAAUACCCAGACCUUUUCCAAUUGAGAGAGCACCAUCAGAUACAGCUCUAAAUGCAGACACUGUUGAGCAAGAGAAAGCAUCUUGUCCCAGAAGCCCAUCUGUAAACACUUUUGCAAAGCCAAGCAGCCAAGGAAAGAAGACUUUUAUCAAUAAUGCAAGAAAGAGAUCACAAAGUUUGACUGCAUCUGUGAAGAAGAAUUCUUGUUCAAUGUGCUCACUCCCAAAAGUGGAAGAAGGAAUAGAAAUAUCUGAGUUCGACGGCACGUUGAAUAGAAAGUCAUGCAGCACGUGCAGUAUCGUUGUCGCAAAAUUUCUCGGUAAUGCGAAGGGGCAGCCUUCGGUGCUCGAACGGCGGAUGAGUGACACUGCGCUGGCAUUCAAAGAUGACAGACAACCAAGUUGUUCACCUGGAAGACGAUUUAUAUUGAAACUUCUGUCACCUGUCGUUUGUGGCCUAAAUCAGGACAAAUACGUCAAUUUCCAAAGCUCUGAAUCGUACAGUAGUCUAAACAGCUGCCAUUCGGACGUCUCCGCAGAGGCCGAUCUAUUGUCUCAGAAACUCACAGACUUCAAUGUGCAAGAUAUUGCAGAGGAGCUUGCUUUGAUUGACAAGGAGUUGCUGAUUCGGAUCACGUGGCAAGAAUUAGCAAACUGCGGAUGGAUGUCUAUCAAUAAGUAUGUCACGUCUCCAAAUGUUAUGAAUAUGGUUGAAUUCUUUAAUCGAGUUGCCAUGUUGGUUGCCACGAGUAUCCUAGUAGAAGAAACUGCAUAUCUGAGAGCCAAAGCCAUCUCAAAGAUGAUCAAGCUCGCUGCCAAAUGUCGACAGUUCAAAAAUUACGAUGCUUUAAAAGCUGUUCUUGGUGGCCUUCAGUGUACACCAAUUUACCGACUGGAAACAAGCUGGAAACAUGUCCGAGCAAGGCGGAAAAGGCUAUUUGGUGAACUUUCAAGCUUGAUGUCAGAAAAUGAUAAUUUCUCAGUAUACAGAGCAGAACUAACUCGCAGUGUCAGCGAUCCUCCCUGCAUUCCAUUUCUCGGUGACUUCCUAACUCAAAUUACCCAAACACAGGCCUACUUUGCAAUGAGAAGAAGAAAAACCCUUGCUAAACAGCGACUUGAGAAAGCAGUGAUAGCAGAUAAUACUAAUAAAAAUACUAAGGCCGAGGGGAAGGACAAACCGAGACAAGAUGAAGCUUCGGAUUUAUGUAGUGCUUCUGCAAAGGAAGCUGAAGAUGAAGACAAUAUGUCUUGUAGUGAUCAUCAUACUUCAAUAAAUGAAAAAUUUCAAGAAGAGGAGACAGCUGAAAAAGUUGCUGUUACUGAAAAACUUAAUAAUUUAGAUGCACGUGCUUCUGAUGUUGAUGAAGUCGACCAAAGAGAGAAAUCGAUUGACACUAAAGAAAAUGGACUUGUUAAUUUCAGUGCCAUGUCUGGAGAGGGCAUUACAAAGAAAAGACCUUUGUCUUUGUCUUUUGAAAGAGGCAUCUCAGAUGAAGAUGCAGGACAGUUAGAUAAAUUUGAGAGAGAAAGUAUUCGGAGAUCAGUAGCCAAAAUGACAAAUGCUAUGUUCCAAACAGGAAGUAAAUAUAAUGCAUCAAGAAAUGAUGAUGAGUUCUUAGAGGCCCUAAAUGAAUAUCUUGAAAACCCGGAAGUACCCGAGGUUCCUGUUUUUUCUGACACAGAAACAGUUGAGCAAAGCCCGGUUGCAAGAGAUAAAAAGUGCUCUUAUCUUCAGAAUGAUAAAUCUAGCAUUUUACAGGAGUCGGAUCACAAUGAAGAUCAGCUAACAGACUUGUCUGAUAUUUGUACAUAUGAGGACCAUGGUGUAGGUAGCACCUCUUCGUACGAUUUGUCACCGACAACAUAUCCAGUUCCUGUUAUUCCUUCGAAUUCUGAAUCUGAGAAAACACCGGUAUCGUCUGCGACGCUUAUGUCAGGUAGAAAUGACAUAGUCGUAAAGAAAACACACGCCAGGAAUGAUUCAAAUGAUAGUGGUGUUGUCAUACAGAAUGGGCGGUCAAGUCGGGCAUCAGAAGACUUGAAUGCAAGUAGGGAGAAUCUCUGCGCUCCAGUGUCCGAAGAAAACGAUAUCCCGAGUUUUGAGGACUCCAAGCAUUGUGACGAUAAUGAUUUGAAUGAGGAGCCUGAAGCGGAUAAUGUAGAUGGGAGAGUUUUUAAGGCUUUGCCAGUAUUGGAGACAGAUAUUUCUGAGACGCGAAAAUUAGAAGAAAGAAUACGAAAUGAAAAGCCACAAGGAGAAGAAACAAAAUUUAAUAAGAAAGAGCUGCAGUUUUGGCAAUAUCAAAUCGCUGCGAUGAAAUACCAGUUAUCAUCCCGCCUUUCCAUGAGAAAAUUCUUGCUGAAUGCUUGCUAUAAUUCUGAAGAUGAAAACUAUAGCCUAUCUUUGAAAAGAGAACCGAUACACAAGAAGUAGCCUUUUUUCUACUACAGAGCUCUUUAAAAGUUAACGAAUUGGAGCAGAAAUGAUCUAAAAUCUAGUAGUAGCUGUUUGUAAAACCUACAACUAACUGGUGCUGGCGCUUUUUAGAGACUUGAGAAGUGAAACCAGUUGGGAUUUGUUUCCCUACAUUGUACACGAUAUCUUAAUAAUUUAUCGACAUAUUCGCAUAUUGGUUGGGGGGUAAUACAAACUUGUGUUCUGGAGACUAUGUUUUGACAUCGUAUUUCGUGUUCAAUCGAGCAGUGAGUUAUUUGUAGUUAUGGAAGGUUUGUCGAACUCAAGGCCUGCAUGCCUCGCCAUGAUCCUGGUACAAUAAAAUGUAGCUUGCAAAGUAAUUAAAUUUCUAUUGAAACUUAUAUUGAUAACAAUUAAAUAACCCUCUGUAGAUAAAGCUCACACCACUCAUUUUGAACCAUAUUAUCAUUUAUGUUGAGUUUGACACUCUUAGUUUUUUAGGGUAAUUGUUGAAAGAAAUUGUUCAUUUCCCUGGGUGACUUAGUACCUAGCAAUUGUGUUUUGUGAAUAGAAAUUUGGAGAUGAUUGUUGAUAAAGCCUCAAUAUACUUUGCAAAGAAAUGCAUUUUGAAAUUCUACCCGCAUACCGAAAAUUACGUAAUGAGUGUAAAAAAUAGGGAUUUCCCAAGGUGCUCGGCUUACCCAACAAGUCUCACUUCAAAGUUUUAACCUCACUUCAAACUUUCUGCCAUGGUGGGCUGCUCAAGCUCUCAACUGAGUCCUAGACCAUAAUUUAUAAUGUUUUUCCUUUACAUAGGUCAUAAUCAAUAACUUUAUGUUACGUCUUUAGUAAAUUACGUCACACGCCAUUACGAAUUAACUACUCCGUUACUAUUAAUGCCCUUAUGUGCGAAACAUAACGAACUGCUAGUCAAGAUGCAAACUAAACUGCCUUGGACGAAUAAUCAAUAAUUUUGAAAAGGCAAGAUUUUCAAUAUAAAUGGAAUCGUGUAUUGUAAAUUUGUAAUUAACUUGUGAAUUGGUCUUAACUUUAUCUGACAAUUGUAAAUUAUUCGUCAUUGUAUUUAACGCCUGUGAAUUCAAACAUAUAUUUAAUUUUGUGUGCUUCGUUUUAUUUGCGUCACUAGUAAACCAUGUUUUUAUUGUCUCGUUAUGGAACAGAGUAUGCAUACUACAUAUUUUGCUCGAAAUUAAAUUUGUUUACUUUGUCUGCUGCAAGGUUCUGUAGACCGGAGUAUGUUAACAUUUUGAACUAUUAUAAAUGUUACCGACAAUUA